AUGUCUACCCGAAAGUUUGCUGACGGGUCCCAGCGCCCGUAUGUGAACCGACAGGAAUUUGAUCGUAUGUAUCCCAUUAGUUAUGAGCCAGAUAUUGGAAUCAUUGAUAACUCCACAGGAAGGCCAAUCUCGCUUUCUCUUCCUAUAAUAUCCCGGACUGCAUCUGGGAGAAGCGGAAUUGGAAUAGGAACAACUGCCACAAGAAGUAUAAUACGCCCUUUGGUGAGCAAUCCAUCUCUCAGAUAUAAGAAAAACAUAUACUCAGACUUAGAAUUCAAAGAAUAUUUCGAUUCCGCAAACAUGAAACAGCUUUUGAGUUCCUUGCUGCACUCAUUUCUAUCGAACUACAGCCGGCUUUUGUUUUCCCAGCCGUUUGAGAUAUCCAAAAUUCUUCUACAGGUGGGAUCCUUUACUCAGGGAUCAUUAAAAAAGCAUUAUUUUUCUCCUCAGGACAAGACUGUGAGUUCUGGUUCCACCUCAGAUGCCAACGUUGCAAUUGAAUCAGAUUCAGAAUCAGAGGAUGCUUCAACGUACUUUAAAGAGGUGGAUGAGACUAAUGAUUUGACAGAUACCUCGAAAGCUAGUGUUUCUAAUUUAAGAGAGUCGCAAAUAGAACGGUCUCCUAGAGUUGAAAAGCGUGGUCUUGGUACCACCAACGGGAAAACGCAUUUGAAAAAACGGUCAAAAGCUACAAGAGGGUGUCUUAUAGAACCGGAAUCGCUCAAUAUCGUGGAUAUUGUGUCUGGUUUGAUAGCAAAAGAGGGCCCACGAGGUAUUUUCAAGGCUGUCAACACGUCAUUUUUAAUGAGUACUUUCCAGUAUACGAUUCAAUCUUGGAUCAGCGGCUUUGUUUCGGGAUUGCUAAACAUCCCAGAUCCUUUGUUUGUCGAUAUAAGCCAUUCUCCCAAUGCAAAUCUCAGUUUAGGACUCAGUGUUCUCAGCCAUGUUGUCACCAGCAUGUUUCUUUCGCAAAUCGCCCUUAUAAGAAUGAGAUUUAUAGUGACAACUUCCACAAAAGGUAUGCGUUCUUUCAGGGAAAUUGUUGGUAAGCUUCCUAGAUUCUCUCUGUUCAAGAUUCCACGUGAUCUUAUCAUUCCAAACUUUAUCACAAGUCUAGUUCGUGCAUUAUCGCAGCACUAUCCGGAAUACUUGGUUUCAUCAAUUCUACACAUAAGUAAGUACAAUAGCCCAUAUUUAUACAGCACCAUCAAUUUGUUGCUCAAGAUUUUGGGACUAUUUAUCAAGCUUCCUUUCGAAACUUUAUACAGCAGAGCUCAGGUUAACUGUUUGCUUCAUAGCGAGCAUAUUCCAAGCGUUAUGCGCAUUUCUGAGGAUGAUAUGUGCGUCAAAUUUGGUGGUUAUCAGGGCUAUUUGUCUACGUUAUAUUAUAUUAUGUCUGGCACGAAGGCAAUUGACUAUGGCAAAGAGAACAACCUUGAAAGCAGCAUAAGUAUAGAGGUGGACAAUUCUGAAGAGCUUAACAAGGGUCCGUUGGCCAUUUUCAGAGGCUGGAGACUUGGACUAGUUCAGAUUCUCUCCAGAUUCACACUAAAUUUGUUGGCAAAUGAAGCAGAUGAAACAAGUCUCUCGGAAGAGCAGUUAUGA